GUAAGAUUCAACGGAAGUUUAGGCGCUCCUUCCAUUUAUCGUGGCAGUCCGUCCCCAGAACUCGAUGCGGUUUGGGAUGAUAUAGCUGUGGAUGGGCGCCCAGUUCGUAUGACGCUUGAUCAACUGCUCAGAACAGGUGAGAAACCUUCUCCCGCCAUGGCUAUAUAUCCAGGCGAAUAUGGCGGAGGUUACAUGGUGACGAUUGGGGCCAUUCAUAUGCUCCAUUGCACAAACAUGCUUCGUAGAGCCAGCUGGGGCGAUCAUUACAGAUCCUCUGAUUAUUCCAUCCACGACUCCCCCGAGGCAUUCCGCAUUCAUCUCGACCACUGCAUCGAAAUGCUCAGGCAGGAUAUUAUGUGUCGUGACGACGUGACCAUGGUCACUUACGACUGGGUGGAGGGACUCGAAGAUCCUUCUCCCAACUUCAAUGUUCUUCAUCAAUGCAGAAACUUCGAGAAGAUAUUGGAUUGGGUAGACGAGCAUCGCGUUAUUGUCCCUAAAUCCGAUAUGGUCCGCUUGGAAGAUACUAUCGGCCUGCUUUCCCCUCCUUAAUCGCAUUCUUGACAUACUAG